UAUUGAGACACGAGGUACUCGCACGAGAUUUAUUUACAGUGAUUAGUAGUGGUGAUGACAUAUAAAUUCGUUUGUUGCGCUUAAAAUUUAUUCGGUUGUUGUUUACAACAAGGAGUGCGAUUUCAAACGUUAAACUACCUAUUUGUUAGUAUCCAUUUUUGUUUAUUUUUUUUAAGAACAGCUUUGUGAUAUACGAUGGCCAACCUACACGAAAAUCCGACAAUAACGUGCCGUGAAGCUGUAUGGAAUAAAAUGUUCACUAUUAGAGAAUUCUUUCGAAGUGUGUGGCUAAUACGCCCAGCUCGUUCAUAAAUAUCUACUAUUAGCAUACACUUAUUUCGCAACUCCCGAGUCUUGUAAUUACGUUACGCCACUUCCCCAGUACAGGAGAGAGCCAUUGGCAUUGGAUCUUGCAUUGGCGUUAGGCAGGAGUCGCAAGUUGAAAAUUAUGGCGGGGUUUUGGUGCCGGCAUGGUCUUGUGCUUUUUAUUCUUAUACACACCGCUACGAUAGUCGAAAAUUCCAAAUUAAAUGUUCCUCGUGUGUUGUUACCCCUUUUUCAUUCCUUCAGACUCAAAUAUAUAUUGGAAGGCACAGAUUUGGAAUGUUACAAAUGGUCGACAUCACGCCCAGAAAUCCUGGAUGUUCAGCCACUAUAUGAAGAUACUCACCGAGGGUGUUCAUCUAAAGCAGUUGUAUCUCCUCUGUCAAAAGAAUUUGACCGCAAUACUGCUAUUGUUUUUGCUGAAGAACUUCGAUCUGGAAAUAUUUUACGUUGUGAUGUUAUUAUGGAUGUUAUUCAUUCUCUUAAUGUUAUUACUACCACAAGGGAAUUAUACAUUGAAGAGGCACCAGAAGCAUUCGAAGUUAGAGCAUAUGAUGAUCAAGGCAAUGAGUUUUCAUCAUUGGAAGGGGUGGAGUUAAAAUGGACUUUGACAACUUGGACAAGUCAAGGUGGUGAUGUGAAAGGAACAAAUGUGAUUCGGUUUAUGACAUUUAAUGAAUCACCAUAUGAAACACCGCCUACUGUUCAAGACUUAGAUAGCCGGGGAUUGCGUGGCCAUAUAAUUUUAUUGGAAGGAUUGAAAACGGGGACCGCCAAGGUGACUGUUGGAUUGCCAUAUUCAGAAUACGCAGAGGUGCAAAAUAUAGUAGUGCAGUUGAAUGUCAUGUCCAACCUUAUCAUAUCACCUGCAGAAAUUUAUGUGAUAACUGGGGACAGUAUACAGUAUCGCGCAUUACAAGUAAAAAAUGGCCGUUUGGAAGAAGUCCUGUUGUUAACACAACAAUAUUAUUGGGAAGUUCAAGACACAAACAUAGCUUCCUUGGAUGAAAAAACAAGUAUGGUGACUGCCCUCUCUCCUGGGAAGACACGUGUGGUACUUCAUGAUCGUAAUAUAGAUGAGAGUGAAAAAGUUGCAAGAAUUCCCACAGCAAAUUUAGUAGUCUCUGAGCCUGCAUAUUUAACAUUAACUAUAUUACCACAUCGCAACUGGGCUGUGUUGGUAGGAGAGAAAUAUGAAAUUGUUGUUGAUGUUUUUGACAAGGAUGACAAUAAACUUCAUGUGGGUGAUGUUGAAGUUACAACAUUAGUGCCUGCUGAAUAUUUUCUGGUGAAAAAUAUUUCUAAAAAUGGCACCUAUUUGUAUGGUGAGCCUUUGGCAGUUGGCACUGCCCAAGUUCGAGCAACUUUGCAUGCAGUUAGGGACCACCAAGGGAAAAGAAGAGCUUUUUCUCCCAAAAUCUUGGUCCAAGCAAAUUUAAUGAUUUAUAAGUCUAUAUUUGUGAAACCAGCUGAUGUUAUUUUACCUUGGGAGCCAGUGUUGAGACCAAGGUAUAUUGUUGAAUUGGAUGCGACUGGCGGAGAUGGCACUUAUAUCUGGAGUAGUAACAAUAGAUCAGUGGCAACAGUCACUGCUGCAGGUGUUGUCACGACGUAUAUGAAUGGUCAUGUGGAAGUAUAUGCAUCCAUGGCUAGCAAUCCUCAUAAUAAAGGAGUGUCAAAGUUUCACAUUUUGCCUCCAAAAGUAAUAGAAAUAGUUGAUUACAUUCAAGAAACUGAAAUAGGCAAGCCAAUAUUUCUGCAUAUUGCCCUUUUUACAAAAAAACAGUUUAUCAGAGAAAAAACUGUUGGUGGUAGAAAGGAUUCCCAAGAUUUAGUUCAUUUUACACAGUGUGAUCAAGUGCCAUUUGGUGUGCGUGUGUGGGAUGACAUCUUUGUUUACAAUUCUUCAUUGCGAACAGUACCUUCAGGAGUUGCUUGUACUACUCUUGGAAUUGAAGCAGUUGGACUUGGAACGUCAAAAGUUACUGUUUCUUAUGAUUUGCCCAGCAAUGUGUUGACAGCUCAUGUAACAGUUGCAAGUUUCAAGCCACUUAACAUUCUGUUUCCUGCAUCAGGAGAAUUGGUCUUAGCAGUUGGCUGUUCUGCCAAUGUGAUGUUUACUGGUGGUCCUUUACCAUGGGUAGGUCAAUCCACCGAGCAUGUCCGUCAUAUAGAGUCUGGUGGGGAACAGAGUGUAGUGUCUGUAACAGAAGUAAAUAAUAGUGAAAGACAAGAUCCAUAUAUCUAUAAUGUUUUGUGCAAACAGCUUGGAGAGGCAGAAGUUACAUUAACUGUUAGCAAUAAACCUGUUGUAAAACAGAGUGGACAUUCAGAAUCUACUGCUUCUGUCAGGAUACUCUGUGCAAAACCCAGAUACUUAGUAUUACUACCUGAAGUGGAUAAUCCAACAAAAGCAUCUUGUCCUAUAAACUUAAGCCCAGAAAGGGUUGUUGUUCAGUCUUUCAACAAUGUCAAAUUGUUGGCCAUUGUUAAGGAUGCACAUGGCCGUGAAUUUUACAAUAUAAGUAGUUUACAAUUUGAUUGGAAAUUGUCUGAUGACUCAUUAGCUUCUGUUGUUAAACCUGAAUUUGUACAAGUUGAAGUAGAUGAUCAUAUUCCUCCCAAUGUUCACUUUUACCAAUACAUACAACCACAUGGAAAAACUGGUGUUUUGGAGGUGAAAGCCAUUGUUGUAGGCUAUCAUGCUCACAUUUUACGGAACCUGGAUAUUGUCCCUGAAUAUCCUCCUUUUGCAGUAAUGGAGGAAAAGGGUUACGACGUUACUCCAGAUAUUUCAGCAGUGCUAAAUUUAAUCUUCGUAAAUGAUGCUCACAUUUCUCCAAAUUAUUCUUUGUUAUUUAAUCAUCCAAACAACAAACUUGUUGUAAAUGUUCAUGAAGGAUCUGGAUUUUAUGAGUUAAUAUUAAGUUCAGAAGAAGUUGCUGUAGUUUCGCAUCAAGAAGGUUCAAAGGUUAUUGAAAUAUUUCCAAGAGCAGAAGGAUUAUUAAAGAUAGCAAUUGCUGAUCUUUGUCUGCCCUCUGAGCCAACGGUAGGUGAAAUAAAUGUUGUGAGCAUAGGUAGUAUACAUGUGGAGGCUCCAGAGAGAGUAGAGAAGGGUCGUUGUGUGUCUGGUCUUGUGAGAAUUUAUGAUUCGUUGGAAAAUUUGCUUCCUAUUCCUAGGCCCGACCUUUUGGAUUUGCGUCCACAUAUAGAAGAAAAUAUUAUAAGUGUGACGUUACAGUUCAAUAAGGAUGCCAAUGGAAAUAUUCCUGGGCCUGGAGAAGUUCCUUUUGUCAUAACAGGAUUGGAACUUGGUGAGAAGCACUUAAGCUUCUCUGCUGGUCAUUCUUCCAAGGAAGUUCAUAGUGAGUCAGUGCCGAUUCAAGUGUUUCCACCUCUGCGACUUUUGCCUCAUAACAUCACCCUGAUAGUUGGUUCAGUUUUUCAAGUCAGCAGUAGAGGAGGCCCGUUGCCUGAUGCCAAUAUUGAGUAUUCUAUUUCAGGCAAUGUUGCUAGUGUGGAUAAAACAGGAUUGGUUGAAGGCCUCAGUGUGGGAAACUGUGUGUUAAUUGGCCGAGCUGUUGGGUUACAUCGGGCUACUGGCAAACGUAUUGUUUAUUCACAAGAUUCUGUAGGGAUCCACGUUGUACCGCUGACAGGUAUAACCAUUCAGGCCCCCAUUACAAAGAUAAUAAAUGGUGGAAAAAUGCCACUGUGGGCUAAUGGAAUUCCUGAUUCAAUUACACCUCUUAUUCUGGGGUCAUCUAAACUUCCUGUUAAAUACAAUUGGCAAAUCUCUUGUAGAGAUAUUGGUAAACUGUAUAAUGUUUAUCAUUAUGCUGGAUUUGUCACAAAUGAAAUGGAUUUAAUAACAAUGCAUUUCCAAGGACUGAAACCAGGAAGAGUAACAAUUGGUUUAACUGUUCUUGUGCCAGCACAAAUGGCUCAGGCAAGUGGUGGUAAAGAAGUUGAGUUUUCAGCCAGUUUGGAAAUUGAGGUGUUUGAAGAACUCCGUCUUCUGGAACCCUCCACCGCUGGUGAAAGACAAUCCCCUCAUAUUAUUAUGACUCCGAAUUCAGUCACUAAGUUGAAGACCAACCAUGAAGGUAAUAUUAAGUAUGUUAUAGUAGAAAAACAACCACGUUCAAUCAACAGCAGUUCAGAAAAUUCCAGUCAAGUGUUAAGUGAGGGAACUCCACUUUUGACUGUGGACUCAGAUGGUGUCCUCAAAUCCUAUUCUGCCCAUGGGCGAGGUGUAGUGCAGAUUACAGUAAAGGAAGAUUUUGGAUUUACUCAAAUACUUCAUGUUACAAUAGAGGUAAAAACAGUUCGUUACAUGUUGGUGAGUUUGAGGCCUCAAUUCAGGAUCAAAGAAUCAGAUAUGAUUUCAUUUCUACCUAGAGGAGCAGAAAUUCCUUUGAGCAUAUCCUACCAUGAUAAUGCAGGAAGGGCAUUUGAUGCUUUUGAUUCAGCUAUUAAAUUGAGGAUGAACCGCUUUGAUUUAACCAAAAUCCAAAGAGGUAGCCAAAAGAAUAUUAUCACAGCUACUGUUCUCAACCAUGGAAUAACAGUAUUGAAAUUGUGGGAUGACUUGACUUAUGAUCAUGUAACAGAGUUCACGCGACUGAAAUCAGCUGAUGGCAUUCUUCCAUCUAUUAAUGUAGUUUCUUUGGGUGAUGUAAUAUGUUUCUAUGUACCAUUCCUUCCCAAACAAGAGGGAAUGGCUGGAAUUUGGACAAGUGAAAAUGCAGCUGUUAUUGAAGUGCAUACUGCACUUGGUAUUGGUCGUGCUCGAGCUGCUGGUACUGUUGUUAUUAAACACCAUUUCUCACCAACUGUAUAUACUUCAAAGGAAAUUAAAGUUCAGCCUCUUGCCAAGGUUAAACUUCUACCCCUGAAGGAGUAUCAUAUUACAAAUUCAGACCCAGGAGCUGUAUUUAGAGUGCCUGUUGUUCUCAAGAGUGCAGAUGAAGUGGCGAAUAAAGCUAGCAAUUUGUUAACUCAUGAAGGAACAUGUCCUCCUGAAUAUACAAUAUCUUCUUUUCCAUAUUUCUGUUCAUUACAUUGGACAAAUGCUACAGAAUUUGACAUUGAUGAUAUUUUUGCUGUGACCCAAGAUUUCAGCCUGGAAACAGGUCAAUACACCUGUGAUAUUGUGGCCUCUGGUGAUCCACCUCCAAUACUUAGUACAUUGGACACAAACAUAACUUUAAUUGUGGAAUGUGGUGGUCUUCAAGCUGCUCCUUUGCAGUUACGCUUCUUACCUGGAGUUUAUAUCACCACUCCAGAAAUUCAUCUAAGUGACGCUCAAAUGUCUGGAACAUUAAUUGUCAGUGGAACAGCAGAAGUUUUAAGUAAACUGGAGAUUAUUCCUGGCAAUUCUCUCAUUUCCGUAGUAAGGUCCGCAGAUAGAGUUGUAGAAAGUGCCUAUGUGUAUAAUGUGCUCUUGAGUGACCAGUACUGGAGUGUUGGUGAAUUGAGCACUCGCAUGAAUGUUUCUGUAAUAUCGCCUUUGACUAAACAAGUUUUACAGGUUCCUCUCAAAGUACAUCUGGUUGGAGAGAAAGGACAAAUACGAUCUCCAUGUCUUGUAUCACAUGUCACAACUUGGAGUGGAUUUUUCAGUGAUAUAGUGUAUGCAUAUAGGCAUACACUUUUGAUUAGUGCUACACUCCUGUUGAUUAUAAUAGCUACAGCAUAUGGUAUUUCAUCAUUUACGCCGGCUAGAAGGGAGAACAAUUAUGCUGCCUAUGCUAAUAGGAGGCAGUCAAUGUUCAUGACUCCCAGUUAUGGAUACGGAAGAUCGUUUGCUGAUCCAGACAUGUAUGGAGAUGGACGUCACUAUAACCUUGCAGCGCAAGAAAUAAUGAACAGACAAAGCCUUGGCCCAGAAGCGCUCCGUCAGAGCUUUGCAGCGCCUCGAACUAGUGUAGCUCGACGUAGGCCAAGCGCAUGGAUGUGAACACAGAAGUUAUUAAAUAUGAAAAUGAGAAUAUACAAUGUACCUUGUGCCCAGUACCUUUUGUAGGUAGUACAAUACUCUCAUCAAUAAGAAAGGUACCAACAAAUUUUGGUACUCAAUUGUUUGAAUUCUGGUCAUCACUUUUCAAAGUCAAUAUUUAUAUCAGGUACAUUAAGUAAAUGUGUGGACGUGUGUGAAUGAAUUCAGAGUGACAUUUUUAUUCAUACAGAUGGGUAAUUGUGUACUUUAAUUUAUUAGUUGUUUUGUUAUAUUUUGUAAUUAAAGGUACUAUAAAAUUAUUAUGUCAAAAAUUUGUUCAGUUUAAUUUAGUACAUGUUUUUCAUUAGCAACUUUAUCUCUAAUAUUAAUGAAUUUGUUGUUUUGUUUGAAUUAUUCAGCUUCAAAUUGAAUAAUUCAGUUUAUAUUUUGCCACAUCAUACAAAAGUUACAUUUACAUAGUAGUAUUGUGAUUAUUUCAGUUUAUUUCUCGGUAGCAAUAAAAAAUAUUUUAAUAUAAAAUAUUCCAAAAAACGUAAUAUGAAACAUUCAAUUUCACCAUUAUGCUUUAAUAUGGUGUUAAGUGCAAAUUUAAUUUGAUAUAUCUUAACUCCAAACUGGUUUGUUUAAGUUUUGUGAGAAACUUAGCGAAUUUGUGCUGGGGUGUGAACAAUUCAGAUAUGUUUCAAUAUAUUUUUAUACAUUUCCACAGACAAAAAACAUUUCAAUAUCUAUGAUUUAUUGCUCUAGAGAAAUUAUUUUAUUAGUUUUGUGAUAAGUGACCACUUAAUGAUCCACUAGUUUACAAAAACUGUUGGCAAAUUUGUUCCAAUAAAACACUAUGUUCUUUUGUAAUUUCUUUUAUUCAUUUUAAGGUAAUAAGGUAUGUAAUUACUUAAAAACAAAGAAUAUUGAAUAAGGAUUUCUGGGAUUCCAAAAGUAUUGCUACUCUGCUACAGAAUUUGUUAGGAAAAGGCCACUACGGAUGAUUCAAUUUUUAUGUAUGACACUAUAGGAAAUACUAUUUACAUCCAUGAAAUUAACAACCAUCUUCCUUCCUAGAUGAUUUUCUCAUUUCUUCAAAGUGUUUUAAAACUAAGGAACAAAACAAAGGGGGAAAAGUCAGUAAACACUUAAAAAACCUUGUGGCUCCCACGAAGAAGAAAAAAAAACAACUAAAUACAGGAAAUCAUAAAAUAACAAAUUCAGCUCUUAAUUA